GCCAAACCUCGGCAUCGGCUGGAUACCACCUCUGUGGAAGCAGUACAUCCAACCAAACGUUCCUCAAUGGCUAGGCAACUAUUCCUUCUUUUUGGUCUUCUUCCUGCUUUUCCCUUGGCUCAUGGGGCCGAUGGAGGGCGAUGACCACAAGGACGUUGAGGUCCCAAAGUCCUGGAGGAAAGUGCUGCAAUUUCUGCCGGAGACCGUGCGGGUGCCGCAGAGUGUCAAGGCGGAAAGGUGCCGCUUCCUGGAGAGCGCGAACUGCGCCUCGGUGUGUGUGAACACCUGCAAGGUUCCAUCGCAGGGAUGGCUGACCGCCGACUUCGGAAUGCCGCUGCACAUCCAGCCAAAUUAUGACGACUUCAGCUGCCGGUGGCGCUUCGGCGUGGAGGCGCCGCCUCUGGAGGAGGACGAGGCAGUGAUGGUCCCGUGCUUCACAAACUGCCCAUCGCAGUUCAAGGGCACCAAGGAUGCUUUGAGUAUGCGACAGAAGCUGCGGGCAGAGAAGGAAGCUGUGCUGGGCUCAGAGUCCCAUCUGGUCGUGUGCCUCUCCGUCAUCGUCUUCGCCAUCACUGCGUGCAGCUACUAUUUCUGGGGGCUGCUGCCAGCCUGGGAGGCGGAUGCCAAGCUCGGCUGGACGAAGACCACCACGCUGACGGUGAACUGGAGCUGCACGCUCUGCGAGGCACUGGGGCUCUGCCUCGCGGGGCCGGCGGCAGACUACCUGGAGCCGGGGCAUUUGAUGGCGGUCGAGGGCCUCCUGGCGUUGACCGGCGUCUUCGUGGCCGCACUGCUGCCUUCGGCCGCGGAGCUAGUGCUGAUUCUGCUCUUCGUGAACUUCGUGAAGGGAAAUCCAAAAGGAUACAUGCCCUUGGCCAUGUUUGGAGUUCUCUUGUCACCCAGCCCAUGA